GCGAGGAAGGCCCGAGCAUUGGACAUCUGGGAGUCCCUGAAGCCUGAUGUGGAAGCUGAGAUGAGCAGGUAUCAGACAUUCCGGCCGGAUAAGUUCGAGGAGUUCAUGAGGGCUGACAGCCGAGGGGUGGCCCUCUUCGAGCUGUACAAGCCCGGCACGCCUGAGUAUGGAGAGCUGUUCGAGGAAGUAUUGGGCCCUUUCCUGCUUGACAUGGCGAAGGGCAAGCUGCAAGAAG